AUGCCACGCACCGCUGCCAUCCUGUCGUUCUACUUGAUCGUGCUGGCUAUCGGCGUGACCCUGGGUUCCCCGUGCGGCCUGUGCAGUCCCACACAGGGUCUCGUCCUGAAGGCAGGCGAGAAGCACUAUUCGCCGGCAUACUUGCUCGAGCGUGACAGCAAGCACAACCACACCUACGCUUUCACCCUCGAGCCCGACGGCGAUGUGCGGUACGUCAAAGACGGCGUCAAGAUCUGGCAAUCCCUUCAUGGGACGGCACAUCCGGCAUCGCACUACAGCCUGCUCCUUGGGAGCGACGGCAAUCUCUACACCAUCAACGAAGACACAUCCACUCCAAACUGGUGGACCGGCGUGUGGUCCCCGAUCGACAAGGGCCCGUAUUGCGCUGUUUUCCUGCCCGCGGGCGACCUCAAGAUCUACGGGACGCAGUGCAAGACGGUCUGGAGUCUGAGUUCCUAUAUCGCCGGCAUCAAGGCCGCUGGAGGUCCGCUGCUUGGAGGCAAACUUCCCACGCCCUUCGUCUCGCAGUACCAGUUGGAUCUCUCCAACAAGAUCCGUAAUCUGGCCCAGAUAUCCUUCCACUCUGGCCGCAAGGGAUCUUCCGCGAUCUGUAGCCGCAGUCCCACACGGCGGUCUCGAUGCCGGUCAACCACGGCGCCGGUGGUCGUUACGAGGCCCUUGACGAUGACAGAAUCGCUCUGGUCCACUCGAGCUGAGUCCAAGUCGCCUGCAGCGACGGCGCCAGCGCAUGUGACGACCAUCAAAGCCGCAUCACAGCAUACUAUUUUCACCAAAACUCAAGCACCAACUUCCCGUGAGGCUUACUCAACAUACCAGCCUGUGCACCGGUCUGCGGCAACAUCCCCAAGCAUAUCAACAUCUACGACCUCGACGCUGUUGUCCCCUGAGCCCGCGGCUCCAGAUCACACAGUCACCAAGACUGAAGCAUCUCCUGAGCCGAGUCCCUCUGUCCAACCAGCACACAAAAUUCGAUCAGCAACCAUGUCCCCAAUCGCUGCCAUGCGCUCCGGCACCCAUCGUGUACUGCCCCGAUCCUGGAGCCAUUCGUUUUCAGCUACAGGCCCUACUCUAACCGAGCCCUUGGUAUCAUCACCCGCAUCCAAAGCAGCGCCCCCAUCCACCACAAACACUUACCAAGCAUCCUCGCCUGCAUCGCCAACUGCACCUUCGGCCGCCGAGUCGACAGGCACCGACAGCUCCGGCACUUUGACAUUCAUUCACGCAAGCGUUCAGUCUUGGACCAGCACCAUCGCUCCGGUCGAACCGGGGCUCACGGCCACCAUGAUCGAGACUGCUGAGCGAACUACGACGGUGCACCAAGCCCAAGUAACUGCAUCGCUCGCCGACGAUCAGUGGCAAGAGCGGAACCCAGAUUGCGUCAAGUGUCCAAGAAACACAGUCAUCUACGUUUGUGCCAUCCAACGUGCCCACUCUUCCCGUACCUCCGGCAACGUUGCCCCCAGUAUCUGCGACUCCAUCGGCUCCAUCGGCUCCAUCGGCUCCAUCGGCUCCAUCGGCUCCAUCGGCUCCAUCGGCUCCAUCGGCUCCAUCGGCUCCAUCGGCUCCAUCGGCUCCAUCGGCUCCAUCGGCUCCAUCGGCUCCAUCGGCUCCAUCGGCUCCAUCGGCUCCAUCGGCUCCAUCGGCUCCAUCGGCUCCAUCGGCUCCAUCGGCUCCAUCGGCUCCAUCGGCUCCAUCGGCUCCAUCGGCUCCAUCGGCCAUUCCUACAUCCACGCCAUUCCUGCCGCAGCCUUCGGUGGCGGUAAUGACAAUAACCAUUCCGGCAGCGACAGUGCCAGCUCAAUCCGAGCCGCAGUCAUCUGGACCACAGACUAUCCCGUCCCUCACUCCACAUACUUUUUCUGCAUCAUUCGAUGUGUCCAAGCUGUCUUCCACAGGGAUACCGACGCAGACUACACAUAUACCCACUCACAUCGCUUCGGUCUUGGUGUCCAGCAUCCCAACACCGCUGUCGACCACAACUGCGACGCCACCAUCCCCGUCGACGACCUUCCCCAUUUCAGUAUCAGCUGCUCCAAGAUCCUCCCCAAGCCUCGUGUCAAGCCCCUCCACGGCGUUUGUGCUUGA